AUGCCAGGCCCGAGGUGGACGCGGCCCUUGCCCCGCGCGUGGUUUUCGGGCGUGGCGUGCACGGUCGUUGCUGCUCGGUUGGUUUCCCUGGCUGAUGCGCAGGAGUGGCUGCAAGCCAACAUCUAUGAGAUCCCCGAGGUGGACCCUGGCGUGCAGGUCGCGACAAUCACGUCGCUCUACGAGGUCGACACUGUAGACCUGGUCUCGAUGAUGUCGCGCACCGUGGAGCGUCUGUCCGCGGGAUUGAACGGCCUGCCUGUCGACUACAUCCGAGUGGACGCAUGGACACCGCUAACGGAAGGAACUCUGUGCACUGUGUCUUCUUCGUUGUUGUGCGAUUUGGUCAACGAGACAGGAGACACCGUUCAGCAGGUCUUGGCGCCAGGCAUCGGCGGAAUGAGCGUGAACGGAAGCCUUGAAGACUUUCGCGUGGAGGAUUGCAUGUCGAGUGAAUACGUUAACGUUACUCCUAUAGACCUGGACAACAUCUCGAGCAACGUGUCCCACAAUGUCGAUAAUCUGAGCCUCGAUACCGCACGGUGGCGGAUCGGUGGCGAUCUCACGAAUAAUUCGUCGUUGCCGUGGAUGUUCUGGGAUGAGGAUCUCUUCACGGAGGCUCGAACAGAGGAGUUUGAGGAUCGUGUGUCGGCCACCGAGCUAUGUGUGAACAUUGACGACACCAAGCUCAUGUUUUAUCCUUUCGAAGUCGGCAACGUCUAUGUCACGGGCUACCGGGACUUCUUGAACACAAACAUAUCAAGCAACAGUGCGAUCAACAUGAGUUUCGCCAUUUGGGUACAGGGCGUAAUCGACACUAGAACUGCGAAAGUCAUUAACGCAAAGUUCGCCAUGAACGAUCCAGCAUCCAACGUUUCCAACGAAUCGGUUGUCAUCCCGUACAAUUUUUCCAAUGUAACAAACACCACUGCAGAUUUUACAGAUCACUUAGAUUUUAUGGCACUGAUAGAUUAUGUCAAUCAGCAAGGGAUAAUCACAUACCUCCCUAUAUGUGCUAUACCCCUUGUGACCAUGCAGGGAUGCAUGACCAUCACUCACAGCAUCUUCGAACACGCUAACUUCACUGAGUACCAUCUGCGAUAUAGGGUCGGUUACCUUAGACACAUCUUCACAAUGCUUGCCAGCGCGACCGACCCACUGGGGGAAUUCAACGUGUCAGAGGGGCCUUGGCCCAGCUACACGUGGCUCCUACCAGCGCAGGAGUCUGAAGGACCCUGGCAGAAAAAAGUAUUCCCACAGUGGGAAUCAACCUACGACGACACUUGCAUCGCGACCGUCGAAUGCAAUACAAUACCUAUCGCACCGCUGCCACGAUACUUGCACAGUGCUGUAAUUUACUUCACGUGGGAGUUCGAGCAGCACGCGAAGAAGUUCCUCUGUGCGGACCCACUCACAAAGGUGCCCGUCGAAUCUUGCGACGAGACUUGCCUCACCGAUUUGGCCUGCCUCGGUGGGGAAGAGUAUUGGCAAGUCCCGUUCAGUUCCCCGAUGAUGAUAGUGUUUGGGGGCAGGACGUUCAACACGAGCCAGUACUACUACGACGAGCAGGGAACCCCACACCUCAUUUUUAAGUAUUGCGAGAGAUUGAGUAGUGAGGAGUUGCUUACAGAGUGGCAGAUGUGCAGCGAGUUCGCCACAAACGACAUCUGGCGCUACGACAUCAAUGACAACCGAUGGGACUUCAUGAAGCCAGAUUCGGCCAUUAGCGAGACCACAGGCGAGCGUUUCGGAAUGCCGUCCCCCCGGUACGGGCAUGCAGCGGCCAUCGUCGAGAUUGUGGAGUCAAGCGAUUCAGACCAGAAGCGGAUGUACAUGUACAUAUAUGGGGGCAUCGGCCCGUAUUGCACAGGCGGUGUCUGCUCCGACGUUUGGCGUUACGAGAUUCCUUUUGCGGCGCAGGCCUACUACCCCAAGCUCGCCGACGAAGACAUUUGGAGGCGUGGCAACAUGUGGGAGGAAUUGGGGGAGGCAGACGUUGGAGGCCGAUACCGCCACUCGAUGGUGGCGACGUCGACCAUGGAAUAUAUUUUCGUAUAUGGUGGCCAGGGCAUCGGCAGGUUUUACGACGAUCUUAUCAAGUAUCGUGUUUCAACCGAUGUGUGGGAGCUUGUCGACCCUGACGGCCGGUUCUCGUUGACGCGACUGAUGUACGAUUAUAUGGGGUCGCCGAUCGAGGUGAAAUUACCCACCGAGGAGUAG